AUGGAAAACCAACGUUGGGAAAAGCGACUUAAUGCCAUUAUGCAGAACCACCACAAACUGGAAGAAGACCACAAAUCCAAAAAGCGCGAACAACUCUAUAAGGUCAUGCGUGAAGUAACAGGGAAGCCAAAAAUUAAUGAAUUAAGUGAUAAAGUUGCAAUCCAAUUAAAAAUGAAAGAGCAUGGGAUUUUAGAACCAGACCAGCAGCAACAGCAAGAUGAGAUAAAGCCUCAAGAAUUUAAGCCUUCCUUGCAAGACAAGAAAACCAACGCAUCUGAUACUAAUAAAUCCAGCGAGAAAACCUCACUCCCCCCCCCCUCCGUGAGUGAACAAAAAAAUGUUGUUCACUCACGGAGGGGGUUAAUUUUUUUUUUUAAUUUUAUAAAAAAAUAUUUUUUUUCGAAAUUUAAAAAAAUCCUAAUUCGCAAAAAUUGGAACGCAGAUAUUAAUUUAAUUUAUAAAAUUUUAUGUUUUAAAUAGCAAUUCGUUUAAAAUUGAACAGAAUUAGCUCUAGAUUUCAUUAUAUUAAUUAUCAUUUAUAUAUCAAUUUUUUUUUUCCAUAAAAAAUUUUUGUUCAGUCACGGAGGGUGGGUUUUUUGGGGCAAAAAAUAAAUUUUUCUAAUGGUUUUGUUCACUCACGGAGGGGGGGAGUCAGUAAUUUCAAAUAAUAAGCAAAAACUGAAAUCGGCGGAUAUUUCUAACUUAACAUCUGAGACUUCUAGCCAGAAAAGGAAGCUAAAAUCUGUUGAUUUAAACAAUUUGAGGUUGGAAGAAUUCAAAGAAUUAAGAAGAUCAUUCCUCAGAGCCCAGUGUUUGCAUAGUAGACAGAACUCAGCACAAUUAUUUUCUCCAAGAAUGCACGUUGACCUUAAGACUGGAGAAGCUUCAGAUAUAUAUAUCAGUGCUAGAGCCCCUCAUACUGCUAUUCUUAAAACUUCUUCAGGAUUUACGAAUGCAGAUGCACUACAAAGAACCCUUUUAAAAGAAGACGAAACUCCCAAAGAUAUUCCCUGCAAAGAUUUUUAUGACAAAAAUAUCAAAUGGGCUGUGGAAAGAGAAAAAGGGCUGAAUACAGCAAGAGAAAGUAGAAAGUCGUGUGAUUUUAGUGAAUGCACAUUUAAGCCUUCAAUAGAAAGGCUAAAUGUGAAAGAUCAGCCUAUGGAUUACUCUACAGAAGAAAAAACAUAUUCAGGAAUCUAUACAGGCAGAAAAAAGAAACCUUCUUCAACACCUAAAAAUGAAAGAAUAAGGCAUAAUACUGAAGUACAGUUCCUUGCUACUAUAGAUACAUCUACCAUCAAAAAUCCUAGUGAGGCAUUAACAAAGAGAAGCUUGACUCCAGGCAACUUGAAAGUAAAGUGCAAAGAAGGUUUUGAUUUCACCUCAUUUAUGAAGAGAGCGAAACCGAUGGUAAGAUAUUCUUCACUCAAUAAUCUCAGCCAAAAAUCUCUAAGACAGCUAUAG